GGAUGUCGCACGGCGUGUGGACAGAGGAUGUCUGCCUGAUGAGAGGCGCCCUGAUUGCAAGAAAUCGAACCCUGGUGUGGUAAGAGAAAGAAUGCACGGGCGGCUAGCUCCGCGUAGCCGCGCGCUUUGCCGCCAAGCGUCUGGCAUCAACUGCCCACCGGCCUCCACUCGCUUGCCAACCCGACGACGACAACCGCACCACGGCAAGCUCGUCGAUAACCAGGAAAUUGCAGCCAUGUCGCUCCCGCCGCUGCCCAAGGUGCAUCAUCCUCUGCUGCCCCUCGAACUCGUCGACAAGUGCGUGGGCUCACAGAUCUGGAUUAUAAUGAACAAUCACAAGGAGUUUGUGGGCAAGCUGAUUGGUUUCGACGACUACGUCAAUAUGGUUCUCGAGGAUGUCCGGGAAAUCGACCCCCAAGAGGGCGAGACACGGAUGUCGAAGAUCCUCCUCAAUGGCAACAACAUCUGCAUGAUGGUUCCAGGUGGAGACGGGAAAUGGGUGGAUGGUUAGGCGUUGGCUGGGAAGUGCGGAGAAUUUUCUAUCAGCGAGCCCUACGUGUCGGGCGGCCGGUCAAGUCGGCAUUGUGAGAGCGGUCAUGGAAGCGGAACCGUUUAUUCCCAAAACUGGAAUACCCGCAUUAUAUUGGAAUAGCCGUCGAUGCAGAUCCGAUGGGUGCUUGUCGUGUAGAUAGCACUAACUGGUGCUGCUCUGCCGUGGCUCCAGCUCUUAUGAUUCAGAGCUGAACAAUAACAAAGAAGAUUCACAUCGA